CUCCCGGCCCGCCAGCGCCUUGGCCUCUCAGUCCCAUCCCGUCGCCGGUGCGCCCUGGGAGCCUGCCUUACGAGCGAGACCUGCGCUCACGGGCUCCCUCCAGCCUCCACCGUCCGGCUGAGCCUCAGCUCCGGAGCUGCCGCUGCCGCUGCCGGGACAUGGUCCUCUGCGUUCAGGGGUUGGCUGAGCAGCAGGUCUUGGAAGAGCCUGAAUUUUGCCCGUGGCACCCCCACAAUUGCCUUGCCCCUCCUCAGUCCAGUCUGGGAUCCCAGUGAGGACUUGACUGCUGCCUCCCUUCUCCAACUUUCCUCAAAGACUAGGAUGGUGUGGAGGCUGACCCUGUUCUUUGCUGGCUGUGGAGCAGAUCGGGCAGCGGCCCCUGUGGACCCAGUCCCUGGAGCUGCCCGAACCAGCUAUGCAGCCUUUGCCUGCCGGGUCCUUCCUGGAGGAGGUGGCAGAGGAGACCCCAGCCCAACCAGAGAGUGAACCCAAGGUGCUGGACCCUGAGGAGGAUCUGCUAUGCAUAGCCAAGACUUUCUCUUACCUCCGGGAAUCUGGCUGGUACUGGGGUUCCAUUACGGCCAGCGAGGCCCGACAACACCUGCAGAAGAUGCCAGAGGGCACGUUCCUGGUACGCGACAGCACCCACCCCAGCUAUCUAUUCACUCUGUCUGUCAAAACCACUCGAGGCCCCACCAACGUACGCAUUGAGUACGCUGACUCCAGCUUCCGCCUGGACUCCAACUGCCUGUCCAGGCCACGCAUCCUGGCCUUCCCAGACGUGGUCAGCCUCGUGCAGCACUAUGUGGCCUCCUGUACUGCUGACACCCGAAGUGACAGCCCUGAACCUGCACCCACCCCAGCCCUGCCUACCCCUAAGGAAGAUGCGCCUGGUGACCCAGCACUGCCUGCCCCUGCAGUCACCGCCGUGCACCUAAAACUGGUGCAGCCCUUUGUGCGCAGAAGCAGUGCCCGCAGCCUGCAGCACCUGUGCCGCCUUGUCAUCAACCGUCUGGUGGCUGAUGUUGACUGCCUGCCACUGCCCCGGCGCAUGGCUGACUACCUCCGACAGUACCCCUUCCAGCUCUGACCCACCUGAGCAUCCGCCUAGCCUCACCCAAACAUACCCUGGAAGGGACACGGGCCCCAGCUGGACUUGGGCUCCCAUCGUCCCUCCUCCAGUUAUCCUAGUGACUGCAAGCACCUGACAGCUGGACCAGGAAGAGUUAGCAGGAGCAAGGCUGGGGGUGAGGGGUAGAGAAAAGUGUCACACAACUUGAAGGUCAACACCCCCAGCUCCCAUGUGGCUCCGUUGUGGUGAGCCAUGUGUCAGAAGAGAGGGAGACAGGCGGGACCUUGUCUCACCUUGUGGGUGAGGCCAAAGCCCCCACUUGCCUGUUGUGGGCUCCUGAACUGUAUAGACUUUGCCAGCCCUGGUGUCUCAGUCCACAGGGUGGGGCAGGCCCCCUCCUUCUAGCCAGCCUGUCUCAGGAAGGAUGGCUGCCAGAGGAACUGAGGUUGACAGUGACAGUCCCUUGAUGGGGGAACAGGCCAGGCUGAGGGACUACAAAGUUAUACAAUAUUUAUUUAUUUAUUCUCCUUGGGUUUGUCUCAAGGUGAGCCAAUCCCACCUCUCUGCCCUGAGUCCUGAGUGCUCUGGAGACCCCAGCUCUGCCCCAACUUCUCUGGUUCCUCCUGGUGGAGAGCCCCAUCCUGAGACAUGUUGCUGGAUCCAAGGCAGUUCUGGAUAUCCUGGCACUGACCCACCCACCUGUGAAUGUGUGCACCCUCUUCUGCCCCCAGCCCUGUUUUGGGAGGGUGGGAAAGUGGACAAGAAAAUGAAGCCAAAGUGUCAGUGCCCAGCAGAGCCUGCCACUCACCCCCUCGCAGGACAGAGCCCUGUCUGCACAGAGCUGGUCUCGGUGGGGCACCAGCCUGCGGGAGCGUGUGUGCGGUGUCAGGAAGCAGCAUGUUGGCUCCACAGCUGCUGCUCCAGCUCUGCUGGGUCGGCUUCCUGCCCAGGAAGGUGCCUGCACACGAGAGGGAAAGAAAUACCUAUCUGAUAAGACUUUAUAAAAUAAGUAUUAUAACAAGCAAAACCCAGUUUGGUAGUCUUUUUUCUUCCACUGAUUUUUCUGUAUUGACAAUAAAAUUGUACUUUUCAUUUAAGGAGA